CAUAUACACAUCUGGUGGAGGUAAUGCUCCGUAUAUGUUGGUUGACAACCGCCAUUAAACACACAGAAGAAGAAGAAGAAGAAGAAGAAGAAGAAGAAAUGUUUACGUGACCCAGCCAAGCCCCCAUGAACAACUUGAAUGACCCCCCCAGAUGGAACAUACAACCGGACCCCAGAGGAAGGCGGGCAGGAGCCGGUGAUGGGAACCAGUGGAAUUAUGCCUUGCUUGUCCCUAUGCUUGGACUGGCUGCUUUUCGUUGGAUCUGGACCAGAGAGUCUCAGAGGGAGAUAGAGAAAGCCAAAGCCCAAUAUGACAAGGAUAUGGUCAUAAUCAAAAGUGAAAUGGAGGCAAAGUACCGGGAGACCCUGACAGACAGGAGCAGGACAGCUGCAACCCUGGAACUGGAGCUAGAGAAGGAGAGGCAGCGGGUCACAGGCUACAAGCAAGCUCUGGUUUCACAGACUCAGAGGCUGGUAGAAGAACGGAAACAGUUACAACAGGAGCGUGAAGCUUUAGAGAACGAGAAGCAAUGGCUGGUGGAGUCUGGCGCCGCAGGUGCAGCUCUCCAUCAUGCGCUGGAGCGAGAGAACGACUGGUACCAGCGAGCUACAGCCACUCUGAAGGAGCUGGAAGGUCAGCUUGUGGAGCGACAGAAUGCCUACUGUUCCGCCAUUCACCCUAAAAAGUAUCGUCAAGAGAUGGAGAAUAACAUCCUGCUUAAAGCUGUCAAAGAACCGAUCGCGCAAGACCUGGAUCUAGAGGCAGGUCUCAAGGACAUUUUUAAGCGAGAUAAACAUUGUGCGGACUUGCUAAACAUGGACAAGAGGAAGAACGGAAGUCUCAUGUGGGUGUAUCUCAAAUACUGGCAGCUGCAGGUCACGGUCCAGAAACAUAAGCGAGCAGAAGAAGCUAUUUUAGGAGGGAAGAUUCAGUCUCACACACACCGACCAUAAACAGAGAAAUUCUACUUUCCCCAUGUGGAAAAUGAGCUGUACUUGCUGUAUGUAGUGCAGGAGCUAAGGCUAGCCCGGUACUAAGAUCGUGCGUUUUUGGGUUAAAAGCAUGAAUCUUGGCACAGUUAUUGUGUGACCCCAGGUGAAUAUUUCUGGAUAUGGAUACAUUCUGGCAGAGCCCCCUGGUGGCCACAGCUGGAACUAAUAUUUAAAGAAAUAGGCGAUGCCAUAGAAAUUGUCAGAUUUCUGAUUGUGAUGCUACAACCCCUGGCAAAAAUUAUGGAAUCACUGGCUUCGGAGGAUGUUCAUUCAGUUGUUUAAUUUUGUAGAAAAAAAGCAGAUCACAGACAUGACA